UUGAAGAAUUUAAUGAAGUUUCAAAGUAUUUUCAAUCACUAAAAAAGUUAUUUUAUACUUUUUUACAUUCGUUUUUCAGUGUUUAGCAAACUUUAGCAUUUCAAUCAAAGUUAUUCCAUUACUUUACAAGUGUAUGCAAGUAUAUUAUUGUGAUGUAUCGGACAAAAUAACUGUUUAUUGUUUUGUGUAGGUGGCUACAUGGUGCCAAUGUGAAAGUGUAUUCGCAUAAAAUUUAGAUAGUACCAUUGUUUAAAACUUUCCGGUUUACUUGGGAAAAUAGUGUUUAAUUGUGACUUACACAAGUUAUUGUGACGGCAAUGUGUUUUAAAGGGUUUCCGAGUAGUUUUUAGAAAUAAUUUGUUUGACAUUGGCAGUAAUGAUGAACGCCCCUCCUCAGGAUAAUGUGGGCCUCAUAUCAUCAGACGAAGGCGGCGGCAGCUCGGACUUGCGCUCCGACAGCAGCGAGGACGAGGUGACAGAGCACGUGACCCGGUCCACGCCACCAGCCAACAUGGCCGCCGCCAGGGCACAGGUGCCAACAAUAAGCGUGACUCCCCACAGUCCGGGCGUGCUUGAUGACAGCAUACAACAGCUCAGACGGCUGCAUGUAGCCGUGCAGCGGAUGCGGGCAGCGCCGCUACCCUUAUUGGCAACAGGAUCGAGUCGACUCAGUACGUCGUGCCCCUCACUGUGCAAGGACGGAGCCCCCGAGCCUGAUUGCUCGUCACCAAUAAAUCUAGACUUCUAUCCCCAGAGCCGGAAGGGUAGCGGUGAAUCUCGGCAAUGGUGCUUAUGGGAGAGACGGGACGAAGGACGCAGAAGCUCCUGGGCCGCGCUGGAGCCCGGCGGCCGUACUGUCGACACGCAUCGGCAGCGCAGUACGCUGAACGGCCACAGCGCGUCGCUGUCGUCGAUGGAGUCGGAGGGCGAGGUGCCGCGGCCCGUGCGGCACUCCACGCACUCACUCAACGACAACGACCUGGCCAAAGACUUCGAGAAGGUGACGGCGGCGCUGCGUGCCGGCACCAGCGUGUGCGCUGCCAGUGGCGGCGGGGAGCGGCUGGUAGCGCGGCUGCCGCUGCAGAAGUCGGUGUCCACGCCCAGCAUCGUGGCGGCCGUGCAGCCGCCGCAGCCGCAGCCGCCGCCCAACGCCUUGUCAACGGGUGGUGCGAGCGAGACAGAGAGCGACGAGGAAGCGUCAGCGGCGACGGUGGGUGCGACAGCGCAGCUGCCCGGCAGAAGGAACAACACGCACCAAGAACAUCUAGGGCUGCAUCGCUUGGCCUUCCUCGAACAAGCGGCUUUUGACCACCACGCAGAGAAGAGGAGAAAACGGGGCAGUCUGUUCUUCAGGAAGAAGAAGGACAAAUCCCGUAAAGCGAGUCACGUGUGGCAGGCGGCGGGCAGCGGUGGCGACUGCGACUGGUGCAACCGCCCGCUCGCCGACAAGCCAUCGCUAUACUGCGACAAUUGUACCAUGACAGUGCACCAGAAUGUAUGCAAAGACAGCAUCGCCGAUUGUAACAAGCCUAAAUCUUCCAAGACGUCAGUCGGUAAAUCGUUGACUGCAAACAGCGGUAAAAGUGGCAAGCGCAGCUCAGUAUCAGGCCAGUCACAAACCUCAAAUAGCACGAGUCAUAUAUACAAUGACGAUAAGGAUGGAUCCGAUCAUAGGCAUGAUCAGAGCAACGCGUCGGACGAGGCGUGCGCGGCGGAGUGGGCGGAGGCGCAGCUGUCGGCCGAGCAGCUGGGCGAGGAGGCCGCGCUGCUGGGGCUGGCCGCCGCCGAGCCCGACACCUGGGCCGCCGGCGCGCCGCGCGGCCUCGCCAAGUCGCUUGGCGAGCGGGAGACAAAACGACAAGAGCACAUUUAUGAGUUAAUAUUGACCGAAAAACACCAUUGUCUCACUAUACGGCUCAUGCAGAAGAUGUUCAUGUCGGGCAUGGUGCGGCUGCCGGGCGUGUCGGCGGCGCAGGUGGCGCGCAUGUUCCCGCGCGUGGACGAGCUGUGGGCGCUGCACGGCGCGCUGCUGGGCCGCCUGCGCGCGCGCCAGCGGGCCGCGCCGCACGUCGCCUCCGUCGCCGACAUCCUCGCCGACACCUUCGCGCCGCCCAACAUGAACAAGCUCAAGGCCGCCUACGGCGAAUUCUGUUCGCGUCACCGCGACGCGGUGGAGGUAUUCAAGGAGUGCUGCACGCGGGAACCACGGCUCGCGCGGUUCAUACGCAAAUGUCAACAGAACCCGAUGUUAAGGAAAAAGGGUGUACCAGAAUGCGUUCUCUUCGUAGCGCAGAGACUCACAAAAUAUCCACUACUGUUGGAGCCUUUAUUGAAAACGGCCGGUGAUGACGCCAACGAAAGAGAACUAUUACAGAAGGCCCUGUGUGGAGUCAAGGAAAUCCUUGUCGACGUAGACAACCAAGUGGCAGCUAAAGAGAGGGAAGACCGCAAACUCGAGAUAUACCACAGGAUAGACGCUAAGUCGUUCGCCAACUUUCGUGGACGCAAAUUCAAAAAGAGUGAUAUACUGCAAGGGAAUAGGAGUUUAAUGUUUGAAGGUGUGGCAACACUCAUGCAAGGCCGCAGUAAGAUGCAGACGCUAUUCGUUGUCGUGCUAACAGACGUACUGUUUUUUCUGCACGACAACAACAACAAGUACACUUUUUAUACGCCUGACAAUAAGACGGGCGUGGUGUCGCUGGUGAAACUGCUGGUGCGCGAGAAGGCUGGCGCGGAGGGCCGCGGCCUGUACUUGAUCUGCAGCGGGCCUUCCGAGCCCGAGAUGUUCGAGCUGCGCGUUCACCGGCCCAAGGACAUACACGUCUGGAUACAGGCCAUCAGGGCCGCAGUACAAAAUUGUCCCGAGGAUGUAGAAGAGGCGGAAGCGGGAGCGCUGGCUGUGUCCGCUGAGGAGAGACAGAGACAGCUAGAGGCGAGGCAUGAGAAUAUAAGACUGAUCACAGAGGCGCUGAGAGCCAAGGACAAAGAGCACGCAACGUUGCUUGAAGACAAGAUGAUGCUUCAUAUGAAGAUGGUCGGGCAUACGGGGUCGUCUACGCUCGAUGUGCCAAAUACAGGUAUAAACACUGUAUUCCCGGGUGGACUGGUGUUUCCGGACUACGUGCGACUAUCGGCGCCCUCAGCCGAUACGCACGCCCUCUGGCAGGAGGUUUGCCGUGUUGUUAAGGCGGCGCUGGAGGCGGCGGCGGGCGGCUGGGCGGCGGGCGGCGCGCUGGGCCGCAGCACCAGCUCGGCCGGCGAGCGCCACUCCGCCGCCUACGAGAGCCCCGCGCUGCCGCGCCGCGCCGACACCUUCGCCGGCUUCGACGCCUCCAAGCACCGCGGCGUAACUCUCCGCAUGUCGACCGACACCCCCACCGAGACGGAGAGCGAGCAAGUGAACAGCGACGCCGUGGGCGCCGAGCCGCGGCUCGUGGAACAAAUCGGCGGCGACGCGGCGCUGAAGUUGCAGCAUGCCAUGUACACACUGACGUGCAUCGUGUGGCAACAACUUACCACAAUACACAGCCUGGAGGCGCAAGUGUGCGCGUGGCGCAUGAGCGGCGGGUCAGCGGCGCGCACGCACGACGCGCAGCUGGAGGAGCUGCGGCACGCGCAGGCGCGCCUCACGCACGACCGCGCCGCCUGGGAGGCGCAGCGCGCCGCCGACCACGCCGCCAUCGCGCUCGAAAGACGCCAGUUGCAAGCAGCGCGGGAAGAGUUAGCAGAGCAACAGAAGGAUGUGGAACAACAGAGGGAACGGUUAUAUCGACGGCUGGAGAGACUGCAGCAACAUGGCGGGUCUCAGGAGGAGCUGUCGACCGUAGGCACAUUGUCACCAGACUCUAGUAUCAGCGACACCACGCGGCGAAAAGAGCCUAAAUGGAGAAGCGGGCGCGGCUCGAGCGGGUCGGAGUGCGGCGGGGGCGCGGGCGGGUGCGCGGGCGCGGCGGGCGCGCUGCCGCCGCCGCAGCUGCUCUCCGCGCACAACGAGACGCGCGCCGGCGCACGCGCGCCCGCCAUCUCGCAAAUGGUGAAACAACAGCUGCCACUGAAGCUAGCGAGCGGCAAGAGUCAGCAGCAACCGCCGCCUGGCUAUCACAGGCUACACGAGUCGCCUUGCGAGUCAACUCCAGGCUUGGUUAUCCAACACACGCGUACAGGGAGCUCGCCCGCCCCUCUCCCCUCACAGCAACAAAUUAAUAAUAAGGCUACUAGAACAAAUACAUACCCGAAGUUACCGGAGAAAUUUCGCGUUCGGUCGCCGGAGACAACCCCGGUGGCGACGGCGGCGGCCGCGCCCGAGGAAGAGGUCAUAUACUUCUGACGGCCACCGCCCGCCGCGACGCACGCGCGCUCCUGAGACUGCCGCCUCUCGUAGGCGCACGCGGCACACGCGGCACACGCGGACGCCGCCCAUCGCACGCGUACGCGGACGUAAGCAUGCGCACGCAAUAUGCACACAUUCGCGCAUAGACUCUACACGACAACGCGCCGCGCACAUAUGUGUACUGGUAUACGCAAUAUUAUUUUGUUCUUUCAAUAUUUUAAACUCUACCCACACAGAUCUAUACCGUAUAUGUGAAAUGUUAUAAAUUUGAAUUCUAAAUCCGUAUAUUCACUAGAUAAGAAUCGAUUGCAAACUGCAACAUGUUGCGUAGCAUGCAACACAAUAUGUGUAGUUUUUGUAUCAUAAAAGAAACCACAAAAAAUGACAUAUAUCUUAAACUUCAGUCGUUAUCUAUUGAAUAAAUGGCUUUCCAUAGUCAAUAGAGACCUCUUAACGAAGUAACAAACGAAUCUGUGGAAACAUAUGUUAUCGCUACGGAGUCUGUGAGAUAGAGCGAGAUGGCUACCUCCAUUAUUUCACCCUUUCUCAUGUGUGCAUUGAUGAAAUUAUAUUCAGCACAGAUUUGUUUGCUACUUGUUUAGGAAUUAAGGUCUAAGGUUACAGUCUAUUAGUGAUAAUACAUAGGUAUGCAGGCCCAAAUGUAUGAAAUUUCAAUAUUAAAUUUAUAAAUGUAAUUUUGUUAAUCAAUCAAUUUUAUAUCAUUUGGAGUUUAACUAACUAGUAGUAAAACUAAUAGAUACAUCCAAAUUAUAUGUACUUUCAAAACUCAUGUUAAAUAAUCAUAACAGUUAUGAAUAUUCACAUUAAAAAAGGCAUUGAAAUAUUAAUUGUAUAUUAGACAAUGAUAAUCAUAUUGCGAUAUAAAUACUUUAAUUUACACCUUUGUUUAAAGUGGUUCAAACCAAAUGUUAUCAAGGCAGUAUUGUAUGACAAAUUUCAUAGGCAAUACAAAUAUUUUUUUUUAAAUGAUUAUUUAAAGAAACACAUUUUAGAUAAAAACUAUCACUAAAAAUUUCAAUUAUUGCACACGCAAAUGUAAUAUCAUUCAAAAUACAUCUGUUAUCAAAAUUUCAAAGACAAUUUCAUAAUAAUCUUAAAAAAACCGUAAAAGCACUUUCUAAAUUAUCACUGAAAAUUAUUUGAAAUUGUUCAAAUAUUUUAAUGUAAUAACUAUCGGUUUAACUUACGUGUAAUUAGAUCGAGAAAGCUCGACUAGUUUAGAGACCACUCGGGACCCUUAAUCAUGAGCGGCUGUGACGCGAGCGCGAGACUGACUGCGCGCCUUGGCCCGCUGAACAGUUCCGAAACUAGUCAAGCUUUCUCUAUCCAAUUACACGUAAAUUAAUCGGUAUUUAUUGCAUUAAAAUAUGUAUAAUGUGUGCUUACGAAACUUUUAACAAUAAAAUUGUGCAGAUAUGUUUGAAUAUUGACAGAAAACAAAUACAUUGCCAGUUUCAACACAAAAAAAGAACCCUCUUAAAACGUUAAUUGUAACGCCCAAUACCUAUUACAUAUUUUAUCUUCGAUUUUACUUUUAUAUAGCACUAUUAAAAAAAUACUAUGCUAUUUAUUAGGACGUAACUCUACAAAAAUCCUGUUGAAAACAUUGUUUUGUCCCUUUCUAUCAAGUUAGGAUAUUGGCUCAAAAGAAAGAGACUACGCAUUGCAAUAGCCAAAAUAAGUCUAGACUUUUUACAUUGGUGACGAUAUCUCAAAAGUGUUUCUCGAUUCUAGCUUAUUUCUUUCUUUUAAGUUAAAAAUUAACCUUGUAUGAAAGAGACGAAACAUUUGAAACUGAAAUAGGUUUGUUAGACGUUUAAUAAUUUUAAAAAUAAAUCGGCGUCGUUAUCUCAUUCUCAAGAAGGCCAUAGAUAAGUUAUAAUGAUAUUUUACUCAUUAUACACAAUUUUCCCCAUAAACCUAUUGUUUUCACUUCCUUUCAAAUUAAGAAUUUAGCGGCGAGAAAGAGACAAAAUAUUUUAGUAGCUAAAAUAGGUCGAUGUUGCAUGUGUUUUGAUAAAGGAAAGUUUAUAGCAGUUAUAUAAUGGUAUAUCUGAUUUAAUUCGAGUCACUGAUUUUAUAUUUCGUAGCGUCACUAAUUCUUUUUUUUUUUAAUAAUUAUAUUAAUUGUCAGUAUUUUAGCAAGACUCCAUCUUGCAGAGGAUAGUCAUGUACUAUCAAUUUAGUAUAAUUAGAAUAAAUUUAUGACAGUCACCGCUACAAAAACGAACUCACAGGUUUUUUUUACAAUAUUGACGACCGUGGUCGUGUCGUUUAACAUGCUACUUCCCUACGACCAUUUGUAUUUUUUUAGUAUGACCACAGUAUAAGUAAUAGAAAGAAGGUACAGUAUGGACACUCAGUAUCUGACCUCUAACUGUGACUACAGACGCAUACAUUGUCACAUGUACACACAGUAAUUGUCUAUGUAAUUGUGACAAGCAUAUAUCGCAAUGUUUUUGUAGUGUGCUAGUGUCCAAUGUGUGGUGUGAGUGUCUGUAUGUGUGUUAUAUGUAUUAUAAUUAUGUAUUUACAUAAUGAAUGUACACAUAAUACAAGCUAUUCUUAUUUUGGGUCUAGAUGGCGCUGUAUUUAGGCGUUCAAAAUUCGUCUUGAAAUUUCAGAUAAACUUAAAGUGUAUUACUUUACGCUUUAUAAGCUAUACUCCCGUUAGUCUCAUAUUAACGUAUUUAUGAGAGACCCCGUCAUUUGUUGGUGUAUGUAUGUUCACUUUUAAAGUCACUUUUGUGCUUGUUUUUUAUUAUAUUACUAGUGAUCCGUCUUCGCAAUCUAUCUAGAAUUUUCGAAUAUAAUAUAUGGCCUAUUUUUCUCGCUGAUAACGAUGCUUUCUACAGGUGAAAGAAUUUUUAAAAUCAGUUGAGUAGUUUUUGAGUUUAUCCAUUACAAGCAAACAAUCUGAACAUUUCUCUUUAUAAUUUUAGUGUAAUAGCCCACCGUGAGGAAUUCCACUAGAAUUCACCACGAUGGUUUCCAGGGGGAACCGCGUGGAGGGUAACCUCAUUGUGUAUUAUUAGGUCCCAUUACUAACAAUAUCAUUUUCCCCGGUGGCCAUAGUUUCUAAACAUAGAAUCAAUGACUCAAAUUAAUUAUCUGUAUAUAAUACCUAUUUAAAUGAAACUGUGAACGCUUGUGUUAAGGUUUAAAAUCCAAUGUACAUAAAUAACAACAGGAAUUGUCAACAUUUACAACUGCCAGUCUGAGUAUUCGUGUGUGUUAUUGCAAUAAGUUAAAUUGGGUUCAAAUCAUAAGUCUUAUUAGGUAUAAUUUUAUUUACAUAAGUUGCGUAUCAUUACUUGUAAGAAGUGGCACGUGUUAGAUGGAUUUUAAUACUCUUGAUCAACUAUUCGUAUUAUCUAUGAUUAAUUAUUUUUGAUACAUUCCUGGAACUUAAUUCCUAACUUAAGAUAAGUAUAGAAGAAAGAUACGUACGUAUAUAAUUUAAGAGAAUUCAUACAGUAAUGUGGCAAAUAUUUCAAAUAUAAUAAAACAAUUUUCAAUAUUUCCAAAUGAUUAUUUUAAUAAUCUAUAGUAGCAUAACAAAACGUUAAUUUUGCAAUAAUAUUUUGUCACGGGCUUUUUGGUAUUUGAUCAUCGUCAUCAUAUUAAUUAGCCUUUAAUUGUCCACUGCUGAACAUAAGCCUCCCCCUUGGGGGGUUGACCAGUAGUUGCUACGCUUGGCAGGCGGAUUGGCAACUGCUAAGCUUUAGAGAUGUUUUAAGAGGGACGCUGCUGCCCAUCCCUCGCCCUUCCUUAGUCGACUUUUACGACAUCCACGGGAAAGGAAGAGGUGACCUAUUCUAUGCCGGGACCACGGUUAUAUUGUAAUUUGAUAAAAUUGCUAAAACUCCAAAUAUUAUUUAGUAUAACAAAGUAUUCAGUGAUAGAUUUAUUUGCGUAAUAUUUGGGAAUAUUGAAAACUAAUUAUUUUUUAAAAAAAUGACAAACUACAGACAUUGCUAUACUUUUGUAUGAGCCCUCUUAAACAUAUAAUAUUUUUUUAAUUUUAUAUUUGAUAAUACAUCCUUUGUCUACUUUAAUUGAAGUCUCACCAGUGAAAUAAGAACCCUGUUUUUCUGGAUAUUUUAAUAUUGUGACAAAUCGUACAAUCGUGCCAACAUAGAGAAUUUACUUUCAGACCUUCUAAAGUCUAGAAUCUAGAGAUUCCCAAAUUGGGGUCUUUGAAUUUAGGGGUAAAAGUAUGUGUAAUAGAGUUUUAAGGGGAUUUUCUUUUUGCAAUUUUGUGUCACAUAUUUUGUGAGGUUUAAGUGGAAGUUUACACCUUAUUAUGUACUAUUUUGGUGAUGUUGUAUAAUUGUAUAUUGGGUAAAAAAAUUUUUUUUUAUUACUAGGGGUUUUUACAAUUUAUUAUUUAUUCGAGGGAUCUAGAGGUAUUUAUUUGUACAUGGUGUUUAGAGGUAAAUAUUUUUAAGAGUUGGCAACCCUAACUUCAGGGUUCUUAUUUUGCUGGUCGGGUGUACUUAAUAUUUUUCAAUCGUGUACUUAAUUGGGACCAUUAGAAAUGCAUAAUUGAUUUUAAAAUUAGAAUACGGAAAUUGUUUUACGUGUAGUACAAAUCUAUACAUUUCAUAAAAUUUACCCACGAAGAUUUUAAAAAGACAUUCCAGUCAAUCGAAAAUGAUCUCUAUAACUCUUAUUAUUAUAGUUUUUAUUUUAUUGCGACCAGUAUUUUUAUGACACGAGGCAGUUAAAUUUAUUCUUUUUAAAACUAAGUCGAAAAUCUAUGUCAUAUAUGUGUAAAAAAUAUAACAUUUAACAUUUUUUUUUAUCAUUUAAUAAACAUAUAAAAGUGGUUUGCUAAUACAUGGUUUGUAUUCGAUACCUAAAUGUUGGAAUUAUAUACUACCAUUGUGUCACAGAUGUAAAUUGAAAUAGAUGUCGUAACUAUAUAAACUUUGGGUGUCAAUUUUUUGACAACCUAAUAUGAUUCAAUAAAUCCUAUUUAGUGACGGCUUAAUAUCGAUUUAGGGUUCCUACAUGAUAUUUAUGUCAAAAAAGUUCAAGAGCUUAAUCUUCUAACACUGACUGCAUUAUAAAUAGUAUUUAUGAAAAGAUUUACUUUCGAAAGCGCAGAGAUACAGGAUGAAAUUUAAAAUAUAAGCAUCCUUUUAAGGAAACAUUGUAUUAUCCCAAAGAUGGGUCAAAGAAUGACUUAAUUUUUUUUUCGGUGCGUCCACUUGUUAGUAUGGGUUUUAAAAUUUAGUCUAGAACGCUUCUUAAAAAGGACGCAAAUGUUUCAAUUUAGUUUAGUAGUGACGUGCUUAGUUUUCUAUUAACCAAUUGAUUGCGUCAUCUAUUUCUUAUUGUGUCUGUGGUUUAUAUUAAAUCCAACAUAUACUCAGCGCUAUCUGUAUAUAUUAUAUCUUGUAUAAAUAUAAAAUUCUACAAUAAUUCGGGUAUGGAAAAUAUUUACUGGAAAAUCGGGGGCGAGCUAUUUGAAAAUAAUGUUAUAUGUAAAUCAGUUAAAAGUAGUGUGUAGCUAUGGAGCGAUAUAGGCAUAAUAUUGUUACAUUAGAUAUUCUGUAAUCCUCAUUGUUGAGUCUUAUAUGCACUACGGGCAAGGGUGAGCCGUGUGAUACGAGAAUGUUAAUGUAAUUGAAAGGACUUCUGAUUAUAAUUUUUUUUUUAUUAUUUAUGAAUCUAUCUCACUGCUGGGAAAAGUUCUGUACCCACAUUCCAUCUAAUUUUAUAUGUCCGUACUAGUUGUUAAAAAUAAAUACAUUUAUACUAAGUAUAUUUUUCAUACUGUACCGUAUUUAACUGGGCCGUAUCGAGCGUAGUGUAUUAACUCCUGACUUUGUACGCAAAUUGAAGUUACGUAGUAUAUCUGUCUCCCUAGACAAGGGGCAAAUGAAACCAUGUCGAUAGAUACGUUUUCGUUACCACGCACACGAUAUAGAACGGGACAUCAGAUGUUGUCUUAUUCUAUUUUAUGCAGUAGCGAUAACGUAUCUAUCGAUAGAUGUGUGCCAUUUUUCUAAGGGGAAAGGGUUUUAGGUGAUUAAAUCUACAAUAGUUCGUUUUGUAUUAGGAGUCUUUAAUAAGAGCAUCUCGAUGUGUCUUGAAUAAUUCAAGAAAUGUUACAACUGUUUAGUAAUUAAACUGUUGUUAAAUAGAUUAAACAUUUUUGUAUAUUUAUGAUUAUUUUAUAUAUCUGUAAAUGGAUAUAUACAUAUUGCAAAUAUAUAGAUGACAAUAUAUGUGAAUAAAAAAUUCACGGUAGAACUGUAUCAGUACUAAAAAAUACCAGUGCGACAUUAUGAAAUCGCCAGCAAUUUAGAUAUAUACGAGAAUUACUAUUUAAAUUUGUUUUAAAUACAUAAAUUAAAUAUUAAAUAGACAUAAUAAAUAUAUACAAUUUUAAUAAUGCCUACCUGACGCCUCGUAAGGAAAUAUUAACCUCGGAAUAUGAUAGCACGCAUUUUUUUU